CUGAGAGCUGCUGUAAUGGCGGUGUCUCGUCGUUCCUCGCAGCAGCAACAACAGCAAAGCGCCUUGCAGUCUCCGCCGAGAAACAACUCCAUUUCGGGCGCUCCUAUGGCGUCUCCGCCGAUGGCUGUGCCGACCUCGGCCCCCGUGCCCCCGGAGAGUGAGAGGGAAUGCAGCGGGGGGAUCGAGGUGGCCGUGGCCUCCCCGGACCUGCCCGCCCCAGUCCUCGCGAGCAGCGCGAGCUUCACCACGACGACCUCCUCCUCCUCCUCCAGUGGCGGCGGCGGCAGCAGCAGCGUCUCGAGCCCCGGUUCAGGAGCUGCCAGUCCCGCGGACGGGAGCAGCGGUAUCGGCGGGGCGUUCAGGGAGCUGUUCGAGGCCUGUCGUAACGGAGACGUAUCCAGAGUAAAGAGACUCGUCGAUUCGGUGAACGUAAACGCGAAGGACAUGGCUGGACGGAAAUCCACUCCCCUUCACUUCGCUGCGGGUUUUGGCAGAAAAGAUGUGGUGGAGCAUCUCCUGCAGACGGGGGCUAAUGUUCAUGCCAGGGAUGAUGGAGGACUUAUCCCCCUGCAUAAUGCCUGCUCUUUCGGCCACGCAGAAGUUGUCAGCCUCCUCUUGUGUCAGGGCGCAGACCCCAACGCCAGAGAUAACUGGAACUACACUCCCUUACACGAGGCUGCCAUCAAGGGAAAGAUUGAUGUUUGCAUUGUGUUACUCCAACACGGAGCUGAUCCAAACAUCCGCAACACUGAUGGAAAAUCUGCUUUGGAUCUAGCCGACCCUUCAGCCAGAAUGGUUCUCACUGGUGAAUACAAGAAGGAUGAACUUCUAGAAGCUGCAAGGAGUGGAAAUGAAGAAAAGCUGAUGGCACUGCUGACUCCGUUAAAUGUCAACUGUCAUGCAAGCGAUGGCCGCAAGUCAACAUCCCAAAAAAUGCUGUCCACACCCCUCCACCUGGCGGCUGGCUACAACCGGGUCCGCAUUGUCCAGCUCCUUCUGCAGCAUGGAGCCGAUGUUCACGCCAAGGACAAAGGAGGCCUGGUUCCACUUCACAACGCCUGCUCCUAUGGCCACUUUGAGGUCACUGAGCUUCUGCUUAAACAUGGGGCCUGUGUGAACGCCAUGGACCUGUGGCAGUUCACACCUCUCCACGAGGCAGCGUCCAAGAACCGAGUGGAGGUCUGUUCCCUGCUUCUGAGCCACGGGGCCGACCCCACCCUGCUGAACUGUCACAGCAAGAGUGCCGUGGACAUGGCCCCCACGCCAGAACUUAAAGAAAGACUCACCUAUGAGUUCAAAGGUCACUCGCUGCUCCAGGCAGCCAGAGAGGCAGACAUGGCCAAAGUGAAGAAGACGCUGGCUCUGGAGAUCAUCAGCUUCAAACAUCCUCAGACCAACGAGACUGCUCUGCACUGUGCUGUGGCUUCCCCCCAUCCCAAGAGGAAGCAAGUGACUGAGUUGUUGCUGCGUAAAGGUGCCAACAUUAACGAGAAGAACAAAGACUUCAUGACUCCGUUGCAUGUUGCUGCUGAAAGAGCUCACAACGAUAUCCUGGAGGUGCUGCAGAAACAUGGAGCAAAGGUCAAUGCUGUGGACACACUAGGUCAGACGGCUCUUCAUCGAGCUGCGCUGGCUGGUCACAUCCAGACCUGCAAGCUGCUGCUGAGCUACGGGGCCGACCCCUCCAUCGUGUCUCUGCAGGGCUUCACCGCUGCGCAGAUGGGCAACGAGGCUGUACAGCAGAUUCUUAAUGAAAAUGUCCCAACACGUAAUUCUGACGUGGACUACAGAUUUCUGGAGGCAGCCAAAGCAGGAGAUCUGGACACGGUACAACAACUUUGCACCCCCCAGAAUGUAAACUGCCGGGACUUGGAGGGCCGCCACUCUACUCCUCUCCACUUUGCAGCUGGUUACAACCGAGUGGCUGUCGUUGAGUACCUGCUACACCAUGGAGCUGAUGUCCAUGCCAAAGACAAGGGCGGUCUGGUCCCCCUCCACAACGCAUGCUCCUACGGUCACUAUGAAGUAGCCGAGCUGCUGGUCAGACAUGGAGCUUCAGUCAAUGUGGCCGACUUGUGGAAAUUCACCCCGCUUCAUGAGGCUGCAGCCAAAGGGAAAUAUGAGAUCUGCAAACUGCUGCUUAAACACGGAGCCGACCCAUCCAAGAAGAACCGUGACGGCAACAUACCACUGGACAUGGUUAAAGAUGGAGACACAGACAUCCAGGACCUGCUGAGGGGUGAUGCCGCCCUGCUGGAUGCUGCCAAGAAGGGCUGCCUCGCAAGAGUCCAGAAACUUUGCUCUCCAGAGAAUAUUAACUGCAGAGACACACAGGGGCGCAACUCCACACCACUCCACCUGGCAGCUGGGUACAACAACCUUGAAGUGGCAGAGUACCUGCUGGAGCAUGGAGCGGAUGUCAAUGCCCAGGACAAAGGAGGACUUAUCCCUCUUCACAAUGCUGCUUCUUAUGGGCAUGUGGACAUCGCAGCCUUACUGAUCAAGUACAAUACGUGUGUGAAUGCUACGGACAAAUGGGCUUUCACACCCCUUCAUGAGGCGGCACAGAAGGGUCGUACACAGCUCUGUGCGCUGCUGCUGGCUCACGGAGCCGACCCAACCAUGAAGAACCAAGAGGGCCAGACUGCCUUGGACCUGGCCACGGCUGAUGAUAUCCGGGCCCUGCUGAUGGACGCCAUGCCACCAGAUGCCCUGCCCAGCUGUUUUAAGCCCCAGGCCACAGUGGUCAGCGCCUCAGUCAUUUCCCCUGUCUCCACACCAUCCUGUCUGUCGGCCGCCAGCAGCAUAGACAACCUUGCUGGACCGCUGGGUGAGCUGGUCGCCGGCGCUGCAUCCGGGUCCUCCGGCGUGGCAGAUGGAGCCACAGGCACCGACCGCAAGGAAGGGGAGUUGGCCAUGCUGGACAUGAAUAUAAGUCAAUUCAUGAAGAGCCUGGGCCUUGAGCACCUGAGGGACAUCUUUGAGAGGGAGCAGAUCACUUUGGAUGUGCUAGCUGACAUGGGUCACGAGGAGCUGAAGGAGAUUGGAAUUAAUGCUUAUGGCCACCGACAUAAGCUUAUCAAGGGUGUUGAGCGGCUGCUUGGCGGCCAGCAAGGUGGCAACGCCUACCUGGCAUUCCAUUGCGCCAGCCAUGGAACCAUCCUGAUAGACCUCGCUCCAGACGACAAGGAGUACCAGUCUGUGGAGGAGGAGUUGCAGAGCACCAUCAGGGAGCACAGAGACGGAGGCAACGCUGGCGGUGUGUUCAGCAAAUACAACAUCAUCAAGAUUCAAAAGGUGAUAAAUAAGAAGCUGAGGGAACGUUACACCCACCGGCAGAAGGAGAUCGCAGACGAGAACCACAAUCAUCACAAUGAGCGCAUGUUGUUUCACGGUUCCCCGUUUAUCAACGCCAUCAUCCACAAAGGCUUUGAUGAGCGUCACGCUUACAUAGGAGGGAUGUUCGGAGCAGGGAUCUACUUUGCAGAGAACUCCUCAAAGAGCAAUCAGUACGUCUAUGGCAUCGGUGGAGGCACAGGCUGCCCGAUGCACAAAGACCGAUCCUGCUACCUGUGCCACAGGCAGAUGCUGUUCUGCCGAGUGACCCUGGGGAAGUCCUUCCUACAGUUCAGUGCCAUGAAGAUGGCCCACGCCCCCCCGGGACACCACUCGGUGAUUGGCCGGCCCAGUGUUAAUGGCCUUGCCUACGCCGAGUACGUCAUCUACAGAGGAGAGCAGGCCUUCCCAGAGUACCUCAUCACCUACCAGAUCCUUAAACCAGAGAGUGCAGCCCAGUCUGCUGCAGGAACUGAGCAGAAGUCAUAGUCACUUUACUUCUCACACACAAGGACACAAUGCUUGUUAUCCUUUGUAUUGCAAAUGCCUAAACAUUUUUAUUUACCAAACACAUUUCCAGUAGAACCCAUGGUGACCAGUGCUUUAUGAGCAGAUAGUCUGUAUAAUACUCUCCUACACGUGGUGAUGACACCCUUUAGUUGUUGUUUUUUUUGUUGCAUCGGCUGCAUGUUAAUAUAGAAGCAUGUAAGGCCCAAACGCGUGCGUGGGUUCGGUCUCUCCCCCUCCCCUCCUUAUCAAUCAGGAGGAUGCUUGUAGAGUCUGUGAAGUAUCAGCAUUAAUAUGUUUUCACUCAUUCUCAUAUCAUGCUUUGUGACUGCAGAUUCACAACCCUUGACCUUUAUAUACAUACAUACACACAGAGACACUGUUUCACUAUCACUGACUGAAACCUGUGGACUUUUACUGUCCCACAGCGUCUGGGUUGAGCCUGUAUAGAAUGGCCUCUGGUUACUUUGAUUAUAAUGCUGACUUGGAACACUACAAACCGGUGACAGUAAUGCUGACUUUCCAAACUUUCACCCCAAGAACACUACAAACGCUGAGCUAAAUUGGUUUUAGUAGUUUUAUUCAGAGCUGGACAUGUUAUAGAGAAAGGGCUCUCCGACAAAUCACAACAUUUUAUUUUAUUGUCAUUAGAAUAUUGAUUUGUAUGAGCGUGUGUGCUCAGUAUUGAAGCUGAAAUGCAAUGUAAGGCAUCAUAAUUACACAAUCGUAUACUAAAUAUAUCAUGACAGUAAAGUCAUUAAACGUACAGUGUUGAAAUGUGCUUGUGAUGCCUUACAAGUUAACACCUGAUAGCCAGUGUGAACAAACAAACACCCUUUCAGUCGCCAUGGUGUUACUCAAGACAUCCCAGCGUAAGAAUUUGCACUUUUACAUAGAAGCCUAUUUAAGUUAUUUUUAAUUAAAAAUUGCAAAUUUUGGGGGGAAAUAUUUGUACAGGUUGUGUAAAUGGUUGUGUAUAACUGUUGGUGUAUAACAGUAUUUUUGAGUUCAACUGUAAAUGACAUUUGGAUUUUCUUUUCAUGCCUUCUUGAUUCUCCCAACUUUUUUAAAAUAAAUGUCUCAUUAACAGCU